UGUCCGAUAUUCCAAUGGAUCGAUGCAACAUUCAAUGAAAUUGAUCAGAUUCCAUGCUUGAAUGCCAUGCAAAUGGAACCAUUUUUAAUUGGCAAUCAAUUGUAUGUGGCCGUUGCAAAUUACAUGGACGAACGUCAAAAUAUCGAAACUUAUUCGACCAUUUUUCGCUAUGACUUUGAAACGCGCAAAUUCAAUGUGACACAAAAAUUGAAAACAUUUGGUGCCAUCGACGUGAAACACGUGCACAUCGGCGAUAAUGAUUUUCUUUUCGUGGCCAACUCGUUUCGGGCGCACAAAGGUAUGCAUGCAUCCACGUCAAACGGUGUCGUCUAUCGAUACGAUGAACAAUCGACAUUUGUACCAAUGCAAAUUCUAACCUUUGAUACGGAAGUUACACAAUUUUUACCGUACUUGGGAGAUAAUCAGGAAUUUGUGCUGUUCGUUUCAAUGAAAGAAGGCCCAACAAAGACAUAUCAAUUUGAUGGCUUCACAUUUUAUGAAACACCAGUCACAUUCACCGGUGGCUCACUCGGACGCGGCGUUUCGAAAAUGAGAACACACAAAAUUAAUAAUGAUUUCUGGGUCAUUGUUGUUGCCAAUUCGGAAAUGUAUCGAGAUACAACGAAUUUAUUCCGAGUAAAAUUCACCGUGACGAUGGACUAUGAUUUCAGCAAAGCCUUCGAAAUGUUCGAUAGUUGGUAUAAGAGUGUUGAUGAAAAAUUACGCACGGAUCGAAUUUCGGAAAUUUAUCAUGAGAUUGAAUCAUUGCGACCUCCUCCUGGUUUUGGUGUCAUCAACUUAGAACAGACCAAAGUGAAAGUGAUACAAACAGAUGCGAUUUCAAGUGCAUCGAUUCCAAUUGAUUUCGUCGAGUUAAAACGGGCUAUGCAACGAGCUGAUGAGAUAGUCACAAAGGAUGUUGUGCGACGUCCGAAGCGUUUAAAUGAUUCAAUGCUUCAGAAUGAUAUGAAUUCAUCGCAAAUUGAUAUCGACUUUGAAGCCCAAGAGAUGCCAACCACAUUGACCAUAAAUGAGCUAACCGUUUCAGAGAGUUUCUUGGCCGAAUCCAUCAAUGGGCAUAAGUUCAGUGAUUUGGUUUGUGAAGAUUCCGAUUUGGUGUUGUACAAUUUCACUGUUGAAAAAUUAGUGAUUAAUGAUGCGGCAAAUGUUGAAGCGAUCGAAAAGAAGCUGUUGGAAAGUGAUGAGCGUGUAAAGAGAGAUACAUCAAGUGAUCCAUCGACCGAGCCGCUCAAUUUGUAUAAUGUCAUCGUUGAAGGUCAUGUGAAUGGUGUCAAUUUCAGUUACUUUGUGGAAAAUGUACUUAGAACAAAUGGCGAUCAACGUCUUGAGGCUCCAGUCAAUUUUGGCCGACUGCGCGCAAAAUCGAUUCAAGCAACUGAUGGAAAAAUCUCCAAUGUUGAUCUAGCAUCAAUUGCACGGAUCAAUGCGAAUGAAACGGUGAUUCUGUCACCGAUUCGAUUCACACAAGGUAUUCAAGUGGAUAAACUCUCAAUCUUGGAGCGUGUGAACCAAAUUGCCAUUAAGGGGGGUAAAUUGGAUGCUUUAUUGAAACGGAGUCGCGAGCCACAAGUGUUAACUGGGCAAAAGAUAUUCGAAUCAAUUAUACUGCUUGAACCGAUCACAUUGCAGGGCAAAAUUAAUAUUUCCAGUUCGGUGCUGAGCAAAAUGAAACCCAUCGUUACGGUCAAUGAGGAUUUGUUCAUCGAAGAUGCGGUAUCAUUCAUUGGAAAUGUUUCAAUCAAAAAUCUAUUGAGCAUCGGAAAUAUGUUUGGUCAAAGCUUACGAUACAAUGCCGAACAGGUGUUGGCCGAUGGAUUGAAACUGGAUGAACCAGUCAAUGUUCCCUUGGAAUUUUUGCAACCACUGCGAAUUGACGAUAUUCAAAAUCCAACACGAAUUAAUAACGUUCCCAUUAGCAGUUUGCUCCUACGCAAUGUGACCGAUGUGCAAAAAGUGAGCGCUCCGAAAACAUUCACCUCCGAUUUAUCGGUCGAGGGUGGAAAUUGCGAUGCAAAUGAAAUUAAUGGCAUUAAUUUGCAAAUAUUGAACAACACAAUGCUCAAACGUUCGGCCAAAAAUCAAAUCGUCACCGGCACCAUUCGCUUUGAACGAAUCACCGCCCGAAAGGUUAAAUCCGAUAAGUUAGUCAUCGGCAAAACACCGUUUGAUCGCCUGUUGACAAAAGGUACGGACCAAAACAUCACCGGAAAUGUCACAAUCGAUGGUAGCAUUAUAAUGAACAAUUCCGAAUUGGAAAUCGAUCAUUUGUUCACGCAAAAUGCCAUUUUUGGUGUUGAUUUGAAGGAAUUGUUGGAUGAUUCAUUCUUUUAUUCGCCAAAUGAUAGUAUUGUUCUGACAACUGACAAAACAUUCGAACACCUAACCAUUGGUCAAUUGGUGGUUGAGGAUGAUGAUUUUUGGCAAGUUGGCCACACAACUGGAGAGAUCACCAAGAGUCUGGAAGAGCUAUCAAAAGGUAUCCGAAUCAAAGGCCCAGUCACAUUUGCUUCUACUUUCAAUAUCACAAAUCUCACGGUAACUGAUUCCAUAAAUGAUAUACCGAGCUCGAGUUUUGGUCAACAAUGGCUACUCUCCGAAGGAAAACAGACAUUUGUGGUGCCACAAAAUUUCACUGAUGUAACAUUCAAUGAUAACCUCCAAUUGUAUGGGCUUUUAAAUGGCAACGAUAUUGAUCAGCUGUUCGAUGAUACAGUAAACAAAAGCGAACCAGUUGCACUAAAACGCGUUAUAUUUGAUAAUGCCAUUUUCGACAAAUCGCUAAACAUUGGCGCCAAAUUAUCGGGCAUUCAAAUUCCGGACGAUUUGAUUCUUAGCUACUCAGACACCUUACAAAAUUUCAAUGAACCAUUGAGUUUUGCAUCGGAUGUGGAAAUAGUUGGAACACUUUCAAUAUCCGAAACACUGAACGGGUUUAGCCAUGCAUUAAUCUGUGAAUUGCUUGAACCAAGACCGGACAGCUCGCAGAAUUUAACGAUUGAAGGUGAUGUCAUUUUUGCAACUGAUCCAACGAUUGAAUAUCUCAAUUCGGAGUCGUUCCAGUAUAUGUUGCUGACCACCUGGUUUCGAAGUGAUCAAUACGUAAAUUUUUCGGCAGGUGUACAUUUUAGCAGUGCUGCUUUUGAGAAGCCAAUCACAGUCGCGGGUUUAAUCAAUGACAUUGAUUUGCACGAUUUACGAAGCCGAUACUUGAGCAUGAAUAAACCACAAAAAGUGUCCACUCCACUGCGGUUCCAUGGUCGUGUCCACUUUAUGGAUUCGGUAACAGUUGAAACACUUUCACUGGGCGGACUUAUCAAAGUUCCGCAGAGCGAUAUCACAUUGAAUAUCACGGACUUCGAUCAGAAUGUGUUAAAAAAUACGAAGGAUACACAAUUCAUUCGAGGCCGUUGGACGGUGAACGAGAUCCGAUUUUUGGGCAGUUUGAGUGCAACCACGGUGAAUGGAUUGAAUUUUGCGGCAGAUGUAGCACGUGUAGAUCGGCCCGAACUCAAUAUAAUACGGGCAACAAAACGAUUCCGAUCGCUACAAAUCGAUCGUCUCGAGUGUCGGGAUAGUUGUACUGUUCAAGGAGUUGACAUGGACGAUUGGAUAAGCCGGGCAGCUAUGAUCGGUUUAAAUCAUACCAUUCAAGGCACCGUUUAUGCACAAAAUCCCAUUUUAUCAUACAUUGAAGCAUCAGGUUUGGUCAAUAACAUGACAAUCAAUUCACAAACAGUGCUCUUGAAGAAAACACCACAAACUCUCAAGGGUCCGCUUAUUAUCGGAAAUCGCUCACGAAUCGAUUCAAUUAAUUCACUUACAUUCGACAAUUUGUAUGUGAAUUUCAUCAAUGACAAGAAUCUGACGGAUUUCUUUGGGAAUUUGGUGAAAAAAGAUGGUCGUGGCAAUGAUGUGGGUAACAUUUUCUCCGAUUUGGAAUUUUCCGAUCGUGUGAAUUUCGACAAUCUUAACAUAUUGGGUCUAUUGAAUGGCAUAAAUGUCAACGAAAUCAUGUCACAAGAUCAUUUUGUCUAUGGUGACCAGUAUCGAACGGCUGCCAACGAACUCGAUACACUGGUCGAUAAACUGGUCCGCCGGGAACGAUUCAAACACUUUAAACGUUUUGCGGUGCGUACAACAUUUUCACUUGACAUCCAAGGCCUGCAAAAACUAUUCGGAUACGACUUUCAAUUUGUUGCACUCAACAAUUCUAACAUUCAGCUUUAUACAUGGAACGUUACCACGAAAACCUUGGACGGAAAUAACAUACCGUUAGCCUUGCCGGAAAAUAUGGUUAUCAUUGAUCUAACUGUGCUUCCCGCUGACCCGAUGCACUUUCUCGUUAUACAAAUGAAAAAUCUAUACAAUGGCCAGUUUGUACGCCAAUUUUAUGAUUAUAGAAAUGGUUUGGAGCGGGCUCAAGUCGUUCAUGAAAUUGUCACGGACACCGAAACAACCAUUGAACCAUUUAAUUUGGAUGCACGUCAUUGUUUCAUUCAAUAUAGAAAGUUUAAUGCUACUCAAUUCGAUGUGCAAUGCAUGGACGUUGUUGCAGAUAGCGAAAGUAAACAGCAACAACAACUGAUGAAAGUGCAUCAAAUUGAUGUAAAAAAAACGAGUGAAAUUUAUAAAAUUGCCAGCGGAUACGCAAAUGCAAUAAUUUUAUGGUAUAUUAACGGUGAAAUCGAAAGUCGUUGGUAUGACACGCAAAAUCGAAAGGCCGACUCAUGUAUUCGUCUAUUCACCAAUGUAACGGCGGUAGCGGUAAAACAAUUUGAUAAAAAUAAAUUUGUCACCGUUUGUUGGCAUUCAAAUCCAAUCGAUGGUCGAGCCGAUACAAUCCGGGGAUUUGCCAGCGUUUAUCGCACUGAGGGAUCACAUCUUGAGCAUUACUCAGACAUUGAGUUUUCAGAUUCAGUCAUUUUGCAGUGUGAACUGACGAAAUUUUCAGCGGCUCAGACGAUUUUAGUGAUUGCCGUUCGAACGGCAAUGGGAGAAAUGCUGCAAAUUUAUCAAGAUAAAGGUGUUAAUGGUUUCCAGCCGCUGAAAGAGCACGUUAUUCGAUUGAAAGUACCAGUUCCAUAUAACUUCAUCAAUCACAUUGUACCCGAAAAACGAUUUUCAUUAAUCGAAUCCGAAGAUGACAUUUUAAGCUUUAUCACUGUGUACUCGAUGUAUGGCGUGGGCUUCUUCGAAUGCAUUUAUGUGUAAAAUAUUCGGGUGUCAAUCAAAAUUUUUGAUUUUUCUUCAUUUGUUUUGAAAAUUAUUUUAAAAAUUUCUUAUUCAUUUACAUUUUUUUGCUAAUUAGAGUGGAAAGUAAUUUAUAUUGAUGUAUAUUUUAGCCAAUUCAUACAUUUACUAAUAGAAAAUAGGGGGAGAAUUUUUGUUUCCGAAUUCGAUAUGUUUCAAACAUACAAAAUAUUUAGAAAAUUGUUGUGAUAUAUAAUUUAUUAGUGGAAAAAGAGAUUAAAAGCCACGUUAAGAAGAAUGUUUA